AUGUCUGGAGCACUUGAAGGCAUCUACCCGCCAGGCGUGGUCAACCCUGGACUUCCUCGCGCCAACUCGACCAAGCCAUACUGGCACGUUAACCCAAGCGCCUAUGCCAACCACAAUUCGCCAUGGCCUCAAGACCCUGUCGACCUCGUCAUCAUUGGCACCGGUAUUUCCGGCAUGACCCUCUCCCGCACUCUAUGCGCAAAGAGGCCAGAUCUGAAGAUCGUCGUCCUCGAAGCUAGAACUCUCUGCUCCGGUGCUACCGGCCGCAAUGGAGGUCACAUCAAGACAAUGCUUUUCUCGAUGUGGAACGAGCGAAAACACCAGUUCGGAAUUGAAGAGGCCAUCAAGAUCUCUGAAUUUGAGCAAAGUCACCUGAACGCCAUCGCUGCAGCAACGAAGGAAGACGGCGCAGACUGUGAUUUGGUUCUCACCACUGGUGUUGAGGCCUACUACGACCAGGUAGUUUUCGAACAAGACCUCAAGGCACUAGAGGACAUUCGCGUGCACGCACCUCACCUUGCCGCUCUUCACACCGUUCAUACCGAUAGAGAUGUUCUGCAGCACCAGAUGAAGCUAUCGAAGCGCUGCAUUGGAGCCAUCACCAUCCCCGCAGGCUCUGUCUGGCCUUACAAGUGGAUCGCCAAGGUCUGGGAGAACCUCAUCGGAGGAAACAAGGUCAACAUGCAGACCAACACAGCUGUGGAGUCCAUAGAGGAUCGCGACGUUGCGGAGUUUGCUACUGUCGAGACGAAGCGCGGUACCAUCAAGGCCAAGAAGGUCAUCCACGCCACCAACGCCUGGAUGGGCUAUCUUCUCCCCGAGAUGCAGCCCUUCGUCUCUCCAGUCCGUGUAAAUGUUGUUCACUGGGCGGCCGACAGCAAUGGACAGUCUCCUCUUGGGACAGUUCCGGGGUACUCCGUCUGGUAUCGCUAUGGACGCAAAGACUACGAUUACCUUAUCCAACGCGAGGACGGAGGCAUCGUCACUGGUCGCGCUUGCACAGGACGUACCGUGACCGGCGAUGACACUGUGACUGAUCUGGCACCUCACGCACAUCUUCGCGGUUUCCCCUUCGAGGCUAUUGCAAACCCAAAGGCAGAUGCGGCUACGAGCAUCGACCACUCCUGGUCCGGUAUUGUCAGCUUCACCCAAGACGGCCUUCCGUUCAUCGGGCCGCUUCCCUUCGCAGGCCGAAGCCAUCAGUUCGUCUGUGGUGCCUAUCAUGCUACUGGUAUGGUCAAGGCGUUCCGCUCUUGUCAGGCUGCUGCUUGUAUGAUAUUGGGAGAGGAACUUCCAAAAGACUUCCCUACGUCGUUGUUGUUGACUGAGGAGCGUAUAAGAGAGCUUCGAAACUCUCUAGACCGUGGUAACUAUCCUUGCUACCGGGCAAUUGCUAAGAUGUAG